UUUUUCGACUAAGAACACGGCCGAAUGUCCGAAAUGCGCAUCUCCAAUUUCGAUGAUUUCGGUUUUGAUCGAAGUCUUGUUCCCAUGGAACGCUUCCCUCAACGGGACAGACUUUUCGAUUGGUUUGAAGAACACAUGAGGCGCAUCGAGGACGAUUUCGCAAGGAAUCGAAGUUCCCUGAUGCCCUUCGAGAAGACCGCCGUGUCUGUGUUCGAUCCUCUGCGGCGACGGCGUGUCUUCGACACGCUGUUCCACGACUCCGACGAUUUCGUUCCCCGUGUAGUGGAGAACCGGACGGACAACGCUCUCGAAUACCACAUACCGACCGGAGCUGGCAAUUCCUUCAAACCAGAAGAUUUACAGGUGAAUGUGCGCGGAAGAGACAUCGAAGUCAAAGCUCGGCGGGAGGAAAAGUCCGACGACGGCAAUGCGUACGCCCUCCGAGAAGUUCGUCGAGUUGUUCGAGUGCCCGAAGGUGUCGAUGUGGACAAGGUGGCAGCUGAAAUGCGCCACAACGGGAAAAUCAUCGUGAAGGCUCCAAUGAGCCAGCCUGCUCUGACUGAUACUCGGGAUCAUUACCGCUCAACCGUGCCUCUCAGAGUCAAUCGGGUGUUAUGAGGAUAGCAGGCUGCUGUGCCCACCUCACCUUGUGCGGAAUUUCGUCGGCCACAGCAAGUCGAACAGAGUCAAUUUUCAUAUCAAUCUCCCAUUUCAAUGAUUCGGACGAUCGAGUCGAGUUCGGAAAGGGCUUAUUGGAGGUCCUUGUCCGAGCAGUGGCCACGAGAGGGAACUCAUCAUCAGAAAGCUAUGCAUUGUUCCGAAAAUAAUAAAAA